AUGAACGCCCUAGCCAUCAUCCUCAUGAUUGCCCCACUCGCUCUAGCCCACCCUCACGGAGGUCAAGGCGGCGGUAAUGGUACCGGUCACGGACCCCAUGGACCAUUCUCCGAAAUCUUCGAUGAAUUGACCGACGCUCAAAAGACUCAGCUGAAGACCAUCUUCCAAGAAAACCACAACACCACCAAAGCCACUGGCAAAGCCGCCAUCGAAUCCUUCAUUGCCACUUUGUCGACCGACCUCCAGGAGAAGGUGAACGCUAGCCACGCCGCUUUCGAGCAAAAAAUUGCUGCUAACGCUGCCAAGGUCGCUACGCUCAGCUCGGCCGCUCAGACCCUCUACAACAGUGUCGAGGCUGUAAUGAAAGACGAUAGCAUUACCAGACAAGAAGAGCACGAAAAGAUCAAGAGCAUCAUCCAGAGUGCUGACCAGACCGCCUUGGAAGAGCUGAAGUCGGCCGGAAUCAAGGGUCCCGGAUUCGGCCGUGGAGGUCGCGGUGGAAAGAGUGGAGAACGUUACACUACCGCCAGCAAAUAA